AUGUCUGCUUCUCAGUGCCGUGCCCACUUCUCAAAUGCCAUUAUCCCUUUCCCUCGCAACCCCUCAAAACCUCCACCGCCUUUUCUCCAUUUUACUCCUAAAUAUACCUUCACAACUUUUUCCAACGCGCCUGCGAACAGAAGCUUAAUCCGUGCGAAUGCCGAAGCGAGUAGCACCGCCGAGCACGAAAGCCAACAAGUUUCUCAAGCAAAAUCUUCAGAAUCCAAUCCGCAACAGACAAUCAAAGCUCCGACUGCUCCAUGGAUGAAUAAACCCCUUCUUGUCAAGCCGCAUGAAAUGAUGGAUAUCACCAAGAGAAACAAUCGAAGCGAUUAUUCGGCCUCUAAUGGAAAUGGAGAACAUCGUGAUGCCGCUUUGACUCGGAAAGUGGGAGGCGGCAGAGGCAGGGUAGCCAUGAAGAAAAUCUUUAAGGGCAUCGGGAAACUCGGAGAAACUGAGAAUUCCGAGGAAAACAAACAAGCCUUAGGAAGUUGUAGGUUCAAAUUUGCACCAGGUGCGCUAUGGGGAAAUGGGGAUUACGAAAGUGAUGCUGAAGUUCAGGGGAAUUGUGAGGGUGGUAAAGAGUGUUUUGGAAGUGGUAAGUUUGAUAUUCCUUUGGGGGAGGUUGUGAAAGAAUUGAAAUUGAGAAAAAUGCCAUGGGAGGGGGACGAAAAGACGGUUACUAGGAGGGUGAUGAAGGAGAAGGUUGCUACAUUUGCUGAGCUGAAUCUUGAUAGAAAUUUGCUUGAAAGGUUGAGGGAUGAAGCUGCUAAGAUGAAGAAAUGGGUAAAAGUUAAGAAGGCUGGGGUGACUCAAGCUGUUGUCGAUGAAGUUCAUUCCAUUUGGCGAAAUGAUGAGCUUGCCUUGAUCAAAUUUGACGUUCCCUUGUGCUGGAAUAUGGGUAGAGCGCGAGAAAUUGUUGAGAUGAAGAGUGGAGGUAUAGUUGUCUGGAGGAAAAAAGACUUUCUUGCUGUUUAUAGAGGGUGCAAUUAUAAAUCAUGUUCAAAACAUAUUUGGACCAGAAGAGAAAAUUCGUCAUCCAAUAAGAAUUACGGAAAGGGAAAUUUGCACAUGACAUCUUUAUAUGAAAGAGAAGCUAAUAGGUUGUUGGAUGGUUUGGGCCCACGUUUUGUUGAUUGGUGGACGCAGAAGCCUUUGCCUGUUGAUGCAGACUUGCUUCCGGAACUUGUUACCGGAUUGAAGACACCAUUUAGGCUUUCUCCACCUUUUACUAGAUCAAAGCUCACAGAUGCAGAACUCACAUAUUUGAGGAAGCUUGCUCGUCCUCUACCGACUCAUUUCGUCCUUGGAAGAAACAGAAAACUGCAAGGAUUGGCUGCAGCAAUUCUAAAAUUGUGGGAAAAAUGCCACAUAGCAAAGAUUGCAGUGAAGUGGGGGGUUCAAAACACAGAUAAUGAGCAAAUGGCUAAUGAACUCAAGGCAGGUGGAUUUGAAAUAUGUAUUCUCACUGGAGGAGUUCUUUUACUGCGUAAUAAGUUCUUUAUAGUCCUCUAUAGAGGUAAAGAUUUUAUGCCCUCUGAAGUUGCAAAAAUAGUGAAUGAACGAGAACUGGCACUCACUAAAUGCCAACUUCAAGAAGAAGCUGCUAGAAUAAAAGCAAGUGAGGCCUUUUCAAUAACCGAUGAACAGACACUUACCUCUGGUUCUGCGGGUACUUUAUCAGAAUUCCAUAUUAUUGACUCGGAUAUUAGGAGCCUGAAGAAAAGUGAGACUGAGGUUGAAAUCCAGCUGAAAACAGAAGAAGAGAAGCUGAAAAAGGAACUCAAAGAUCAAGAGCGGAGGCUUUAUAUUCUUAAGAAGAAAAUAGAGAAAUCAGUUAAAAUACUGGAGAAACUAAAUACUGUAUCAAGAUUUUCUGAGAAAGACCCAGAUGUGGAAGUAAUCUCUGAAGAGGAGAGACGAUGCCUACGGGAGAUGGGUGUGAAGAUUGACCGCAGCUUAGUGCUUGGAAGGCGUGGUGUUUAUGAUGGUGUUAUAGAAGGAAUGCAUCAACAUUGGAAGCACAGAGAAAUUGUUAAAGUGAUUACGAUGCAGAAAACGUUUUCACAGGUCAUGCGCACAGCAAAAUGCGUCGAGACAGAAAGUGGUGGGAUCGUGGUCUCUAUAGUCAAACUUAAGGAAGGACAUGCCAUCAUUGUAUACCGUGGGAAAAACUAUAAGCGUCCAAAAUUAGCAGCGAUAAAUUUGCUGAAUAAAAGAGAGGCAUUAUCUAGGUCACUAGAACUUCAAAGACUUGGUUCUUUAAAGUUCUUCGCAAGACAAAGAAAGCAGGCAAUCACUGUUCUAAAAUGCAAGCUGGAUACACUUCAUCUGGUGAGAAAUGAUCGUGGCCCCUUGGGAGUUGGAGGAGAAGGAAGGAAUAAUCUCGACCGGAACGGUCGAGGAGGGCAUGUGAAUUUUCUCGACCGGAGGAUGCGAAAGGUUGAUAGAGAUCUCCGCUUGGAGUGUGGUCGAGGAGGGGAUGUCCUCGAGAGUGUCCACCUCGACAAGAUGCGUAUGAACCUGUUUUCUGGGAGGAUAUCCCUCCUUGGUGCGUGGUUGUUUCUUGUCGACCCCGUCGCUGGCUCCUUCGGUCGAAGACUUUAG